AUGAUCCGACGCACCUUCUCUCGUAUUACUCACAUGGACUUCCAAACGCUCUAUGGGGCCUACGUCAGGCCGCUCCUGGAGUACGCCAACCAAUUUGUCUACUCAGGACGCACGAAAGACGUCACCCUCAUUGAGCGUGUCCAGCGAGCUGCUAUGAGAAUGGUUGCCGGCCUCAAAUCCGUGGACUACGAAACGCGUUUCGCAAUGCUUGAUCUCUUUCCCCUGGAGUACCCCUCCGUCCGUGGAGACUUAAUUCUUACUUAUGCCCUGUUUGAACAAAGCUUGGAAAACAGGAUGGAUGAUACAAUGAAACGAACGCUGGAAAGGCUCCAAAACUCCGGUGUUCAAAUAGCCUGCAAAGUAAACUUUGUCGAUCUGGAGUACGCAGGCAACAUCGUUCACGAAGUGCAAGGUCGUGCUCGUGGACGUGCAGUCACUGAACACACCACUUACAAUCCAGUGAGAGCUACAUAUGCCUCUACGGAUAAAGGUGCAAACGAGAUUGCAGAAAACUUAAAAAUCACCCUGCGGUCUGCCUACCGAUCCGACGCCCUGGAUUUAAGACGUUUGUGCAUUCAGUCCGGGCGACAGUGCUGGAUUGUUUAUAUAGACCUUCUUCUAUUAGAAGGCGGAGGCAAUUUUCUGGACGCUGCUUCACUUGCAAUCAAAGCAGCCCUCAUUGAUGCAACCCAUCUCCUAGACCCUAUGAAUUCCAGACAACUGACGCCGAAAGAUACGGAGGUCACAACUCCAUUUUUCAGUGAGAAACUUCUACCAGUAUUCGUGACUGUGCACAAGAUAGGAAACUCGCACAUAGUGGACGCUUCAAAAGAGGAAGAAGCUUGCUCUUUGUCUCGGUACAUUCUAUUCAUUACUUCACUACUUCUCUACAGGCUUUCUGUGGUGGUCUAUCCUGACGGCUGUACGGGCGAUAUGCUACAAGAAGGAUGCGGGAGUUGUCAGCUCGGAACUAUUAUGGAUAUGUUUGAGCUUGCUAAGAAAGUUGGUAUGGAAUUAAACGGUGCACUUACGAAAACGCUGCGUUUGGAACGUGGAUGCGGGAGUUGUCAGCUCGGAACUAUUAUGGAUAUGUUUGAGCUUGCUAAGAAAGUUGGUAUGGAAUUAAACGGUGCACUUACGAAAACGCUGCGUUUGGAACGUGAACUGCGGUCUUAGGAUGCUCUGAGAGUGUGAAACAACUCCCCCUCCCCUGUAAAUUACUUCUGUUUUGUAAUAAAUCAAUCAGUGACGAA